AUGGGCUCACGAUUAUUACAGUUCCAAUCAUAUGGUAAGUGGUUUAUGCUAUUAGCGCUUGCCCUGGCAAUUUGCUUACUUCAUUUACCAAAUUAUUCAUGUACUUAUUCAAGAGACCUACCCAUUUGUACACCUCAGUUUUCAUUUCAGCUAACCAAUACCACUCCAACAGCUACGUUAUUUUUGAGCACUGUUAAAGAGGUCUCUAUGUUGCUUUCGUAUGUAGCCAUAGACCUAGGUUGGAAUGUGAACUUUCCGAAGCCCAAUGACUAUGAUACUUCGAAUCUAGUAAACACGUUUGAUCCCUCGAAUAAAUACCAUGUGAAUUUGUUUGGAUAUUGCAAAUGGCAACCGCUGUCGAGCAAAUCCAAUUGGUACUGCAUGGAUAACCCUAACGGGUUGGAUAUAAUUUCGAUGAUAAUCAGAGAUCUAGGUGCACAGCUUGGUGUGCUUUCCCACAGCAACACCAAAAUCCUAAGUGAUUCUCUAUGGAUUUUAUAUCGAUCAAUGUUUGAUUCAUUCUACAAAUUUGUGCACGAUGAUGAUUAUCGAGCCAACAAGGUUGCCAGCUUUUUGCAAAGUUUGCAACAAGGAGGACCCCAGGCCAGUGUUGACCAGUUUAAAACCGUCACCUUGUUGUUGAAAUGUUUCGAAAGAUUAACAAGCGCCAUCCAAAUCGCUGAAAUUUGUUCCUUUGGUUUAAUCGUACUCUCAAUAACUCUGGCUUCCGUAGCAUGUGUAAUGGAUAUUCUGUCAGCGAGAGAAGCUAAAUACCGACACACUAACUAUAGGCAGAAUCGCGCACUGUUUUUCAAGCAGAUUACUUUAAAGUUGGCCUACGCUGUAGUAACUUCCACUAUGUUUUACCAAAUUGGUAUGGCCAUCUAUUUCCUAGUUUUAUUCAGCAUUCGAUAUCCCUAUGAUUACAAGGUAAAAGUAAUGACAUUUAACCCAGACACUGGUUACUGGUUAUCCAUUCUACGUUUCAUAAUGGAAUUUUGGUUUGCAAUUGCAUGCCAUAUAGGUUUCAGCCAAAUGAAAAAUAAAGGAAACAGCAAGGAUUCGCAUUGGAAGGAUGAAAGUCGCACCCCAGAUAGCGGUGAUACGGCUGUAUGUGAACCAGAUACUAGUCAAGUCUAG